GUCAAAAUGUCAAAACAAUAAGAAAGAAAGCUGAGACAAGAAAGUCAGACAAAAUAAAUGAAAAUAAAUAAAGAAUGCAGCGAAACUAACAUUAAUUAGUCAUUGCUUGAUAACAAAUCUAAAACCCAUCCAACGUUUACCUUCACACAUAAUAAUUUUCUAAUUUAUUAAUAGAUAGCCACGCGCAUAACGUGUGAACUUCGCAAUAAUUUAUAGAUUUAAAAAUAGCUUUAGGAACUAUCGCUGUGCUCGUGUUCCCGUUCCUAGUUAGCUGCGGCUACCGAGCUACCGUUACUAGUUAAUUCUGUGAAGUAGGUUUAAUAUUUCGCGAUGGCUUUAGCUGUGACCCGUGUAGUGUUAAAAUGCGAGGACGCUCAAAAAACUCAAGUACUAGAUUUAUCAGAAUGUCAAUUGAUGCAAGUACCUGAUGCUGUGUACCACCUGAUGCGACACACAGAGCUCAAGAGUUGUGAUCUCAGCGGAAAUGUUAUUACUAAGAUACCUCCUAAGUUUGCAGUCAAAUUUAGUUUAAUUACAGAUUUAAAUCUGUCCAACAACCAAAUGGCGAAGCUCCCUGAUGAGCUGUGCACACUGGCCUGCCUGGAGCGGCUGGACAUCUCGCACAACACAUUUGUGGCCCUGCCCCACAUCACCUUCCAGUGUCCUAGUCUGCACACACUACUUGCGCAUCACAAUCAGAUCAUUGAAAUCGAUGUCGACAGAUUAGCCAGAUCCCGCGCCCUUGAGUACGUAGAUCUCAGUGACAACCCCAUUCCUCCGCGCACGCAUGACGAGCUCAAGCAGCUGACGCGGCCCUCAGUGUCUGUCUCCGAGAGACAGAAAGAAGACUGGGAGGAAGAUCUUCUAAUAUAGAAGAGUACACUCUUGUGAACUUAUGCAUUCAGGGCCAGGGGUAGAUGCGGCACAACAAUGUCAGCUGGAGUAUUGGAAGGAGUUAAAGGGUUAAUGUACAUGUGACUGAGCACAUGCAAUGAUUUACAAACUGUGGCUCUAGCGUAUUCAUAGGGUUUGGUGCAAUAUUAAUGUCAAAGCUAAAACAACUGGUCCUAACUAAACUGUGAUCUUCUCUGUGAAAAGAGGACAAUAUCAACAUGAUUUUAUAGUGUAUGCUAUUUUUAUUAGUAAUAAAUGACAGCAUUGUCGUGAUUUGAGAGAUUUGUUAGAGAUUAUCAAUAAAUGUUUUUUUAAUCUUUUGACAUGCUCAAAAGCUAGCGUACUUAAUUAGACUAAAAUGUGAUUUGGUUUGUGAAGUCCUUUAAAUAUUAAUAAUAUGGCUUAUAUUAAAAAGUGAAGCAAAUAAAAAAUUAUGUAUGUAAAGUUGGUAUAUAUUUUUGAUACAUAAGAUGGUUGGAUAGUAUUAUGUUGAUAUAUCUCAUUGUAUUGAAUACUAGUCCAUCAUAAAAUUAAGCUUAUGAAUUCCAAUAGGAAUGAAAUUAUGUUCUAAUGUAAGUAAUUGAUAAGUACACAUAAAUGUAUAUUUGCAAUAUAUGCUGAUAUAUGGUUGUUAUUUUAAAAUAUGAGUUCACUCUGCGUAAAUUUUGCUUAUAAUUUUUAUUGACACAAUUUUAUCCAAAGAAUCAUUGACUGAUGAAAUAAACAAUAUUUUUUAUUCUGUAUUGAAUGCAACAACCAGGAAUUUUCAAAGUCGAUAAAUAAGUUUUGAGAUUUGUUUUUUAAGAAUUAAAUCAAAAAUGAAUAAUUAAACGCAUUUAUGAAAUGCACAAAAGAAA